AUGGCACUAGUAACAGCUGCUCACAUGGCUUGCACUUUCGGAAUUCUUGGAAAUAUCACGUCCUUCUUGGUGUUAUUGGCACCAGUGCCUACAUUUUACAGGAUUUGUAAGAAAAAAUCGACGGAAGAUUUUCAGUCAAUUCCUUAUUCAGUUGCCUUAUUCAGUGCUACGUUGUAUUUGUAUUACGCCUUUCUGAAGAAUAAUGUGAUCAUGCUUAUAACCAUCAAUAGUGUUAUAUGUGUCUUCGAAGUUGUUUUUCUGACCAUCUUCAUGGAAUAUGCAACCAAGAAAUCAAAGAUUUUUACCACAAAGCUUCUCGUCCUAUUCAAUAUAGGAACACUGGGAGUGAUCAUUGGAUGCACAUAUUUUCUUUCAGAAGGGCAUCAGAGAGUGACAAUUGUUGGAUGGAUUUGUUCAGCUUUUUCUGUCUCUGUUUUUGCUGCUCCUCUAAGUAUUAUGAGGCAAGUGAUAACGACAAAGAGUGUCGAAUACAUGCCACUUCCUCUCUCAUUCUUUCUCACAAUAUGUGCUGUCGUGUGGUUCUUCUAUGGUCUUUUCAUCAAGGAUUUAUACAUAGCUAGUCCGAAUGUUGUUGGAUUUUUAUUCGGAAUAGCACAAAUGGUUUUAUAUGGCUUGUACAAGAACAAAGGGCAGCGAAUAAUUCUACCAGAAACUAAGCUGCAAGAUAUAUCAACUAUCAUAGACCUGAAAGCACAAGAUCAGAUGCAGUAUGCGUCAACGGUGGAGAUUGGAGAAGUACUUGAUCAAAAUCAUGGACAAACCCACAGAAGAACAGACUUGGAUCCAAAUGAAGCUAGCCUCACAGAAUCUGCUACAGCAACAGACUCCAUUGCCGCAGACGGUUUUAUAUGCCAUAUACAAGAACAAAAGGCAACAAAUAAUUCUACCAGAACUAUCAUAGACCUGAAAUCACAAGAUCUGAUGCAGAAUUCAUCAACGAUGGAGGUUGCAGCAGUAAUUGAUCAUAACCAUGGACAAGCCCACAGAGGAACAGACUUGGAUCCAAAUGAAGCUAGCCUCGUAGAAAAUGCUGCUGAAGCAGCAACUCACUCCACUAGUAUAGUAUGA